UCAUUUUCGGUGACCAGGUUCUUGGGUUUUUAAGCCGUGUAUCUCUUCGUGCUAUUCAGUUGGUUCCGUGGCAAUCAAUCGCUAUCAAGUCCUAAAUCCAAUCGUUUGUUGCGUUAAUUAUCUAAUAUCACUAUCAGCUGAACGUGUAGCGUUUUGAAACCAGCAAUUCUUGUUCGAGACCCGAGAUUUUUGAGCGCAGUAUUGAUUGGAACGCCGUAAUGGAAUUACAGGUGAACGUGAGAUUUGCCGCCCUACUCUUGCCUGCGUUUCUGCUAUUGUGGGCCGUCUAUCGUCCCUGCCUUGCAGUUGCACAACCCAGUGAUUCCGAGAUGUCAGCGGCAUGUCCUCCUAAAGGAUCGUGUGGCAGCACUUGCUUCCAGGGUCCCGCGGGACCAGCUGGCCUGCCUGGGAUUCCAGGUGUACCCGGUAAUAACGGCCUCCAGGGGUCAAUAGGUCAAAAAGGUGAGCCUGGCUCGGGUCUACCUGGACCCAAGGGAGACAUGGGCGAUCACGGUCAGAAGGGGGAGCAAGGAGAGCCGGGGGUUCAGGGACUCGUUGGUCAGCCGGGUAAGCUUGGGCCGGCCGGUCCUAGCGGAGAGAAGGGGGAGAAGGGAGGAAAUGGUCAGCCUGGAGACUCGACCUACGUGACCCCAGCACCGCCCUCUGUCGUUGCUUUCAGCGCUCGCAUGAACAGUCAUUUCACAGGAAAUAGUGGCGAUGUGGUCGUCUUUGACAACGUUCGCACUAACAUCGGAGACGCGUACAGUCAGCAAACUGGAGUCUUCACCUGCAACAUAGCAGGUGUUUAUUUCUUCAGCGUGACCAUCAUGGGUCGUAAUACUUCAGGACCGAGGCCAGAGGCAAGGCUGGAAAUGAACGGACAAGUCAUCUUUUAUGUUCUUGACAAUCAUCCAGGCUACUACCACCAGUCCAGUAAUUCAGUGGUCCUCGUUAUGGCCAGCGGGGAUACGGUUCGCAUCGUGAAUUCGAGUAGUCGUGGAACAAGUAUCCAUGGCGGUCCUUAUACCUACUUCUCUGGUUUUCUGAACCAAUCAAUGCAAUAAACCCAUGGCAACUCUAACAUUCAUCCCAACACCAAUAAACGUGGUGUAAAGGGUCAUGCAUCGGGAUUUAACGUGUCCAACAUACUAUCAAAGUGGAAACGAGGAUCAUAAAAUAGUGCCCGAAUUAAUUAGCCAAAAGGUCCUUUUAACAAUGUUUGGAUAAUAUAUUCAAAAUGUACUACGGAAGAAUUCGUAUAAACAACUUGUAAAAUUGUAACUCCAAAGCGAAUUUUUUAAAAGUGUUCUAGAAUAUUAAUAAUGUUAAAUGAAAGUUAACACACUUGUGUGCAUUUCUUCAACAUUUUAUUGAUGCAUGUUAGAUGUGUUUAUUCGAAAGCUUCAGUUUGAAACAAACUAGCCAAGUUCUUGAUAGGUUAACCUUCAAUUUUAAGUAGCUAGGCUACGCACAUGUACCACUAUAGCCAAGCGGGGAAGUGUGUCACUUUGCAUAAUGUUUUUUUAAAUGCAAGACAAAAUAGCUUUUGUGCAUUAUUUCAUAUAACAUGGCAGCAAUUUAAUGCUUCCCGGCGAGCGGUAUAAUGUGUUAAUCGG